AUGUCAUCUGAAAACAAGGCAGUAUGUGGCUUCGUUUGCCCUGAGUGUCUGGAGUCUUUCGCAAAUUCAGAUUCACUUAUGGUGCAUUUCGAAUCAUCACAUGAAAGUCUGUCUAAUAAUGUUGAAAAAUCCCCUUCUAAAGAUAAUCGUAAUGGUGACUCUGAUAAAUUCAAUUCCUACGAAAACUUGGUAGCAGAACUAUCUACGCAUAACUUAAAUCUAUUAAACCGAAUCGCAGACCUUGAAGAUGUUAUUCAUCUCUUCCUGAAUGAACCUCCCUUGGUAAAUCCUUUAACAAUAAAGGAUGAUGAACUGCGACAGAAAGUGAUCAGUUUUCUGGACUAUCAAACACAGUUAGUACAGAGUUAUUCAUCCACUAAGCCAACUGAAGAAGAUCUAACGAAGAAGGAUGAAACGAUUGAUUUGUUAAAAAGACAACUAGAUGAAUUACAAAUUAAGGAAGAGAUUAUGAAGAGAGAUGCAAGCACUUACUUUAAUAUUGACACUAGAGAUGUUCAGACACAAUAUGUUUCAGAGGGAUUAACAGAGAACAAUCUACCUGAAAGUACAACAAAACUAUCAAAUGAGAAUAGUUUAUUAUUAGAAGAAAAAUUAAAAUCUCUCUCAUCUGAAAAUGAUUCUUUAAAAACAGAAUUAUUAUCAGUUAAACAUGAAUUGAAUAAUGUCACUAUUCAAUUGGAUGAAUUGAAUAAUUUUAAAAAGGAUGAAAUGAAUAAAUAUGAGACAGAGUUAACAAAUCGUUCUGCUCAUUUAUCAAUUCUUGAAAGACAAUUACAAGAGUUAAAGUUAACUAAUAAAAAACUUACAGACGAUUCAUCUAUUCUUUUACAUUCAAAAGAGAAUAUACAAUCUGAAUUGAAAACAAUUAAAAGUGAAUUUGAAAUCAAACAAAAGCAGUGUGAAUAUGAUAUUAAUCGACUAACGGAUGAAUUGACCGAAUCAAAAAAUUUAAAUACUACUCUUCAGGCAAAAUGUCAUCAACUUCAAACUGAAGCUGAUGAUGCUGUAAAAUCAAGUCAAAUCUGUCAAGAGAAAUUAAUUAGUUUAGAGAAGGAUCUUGGAAGUAUUCGUUCAGAGUCACAAACCGAAUCAAAAUUAUGCAAGAAAGAAAUUGAUUCUCUCAUGGAAAAAUUAAUUAAAGCUGAAGAUGCAAAUUCAAAUCUUCAAAAUGAAUUAAAUUGUAAACUGAAAGAACUUAAAGAAUUACAAAUAGCUGUUGUUGAAUUAGGUAGAGAAAAUCAAAUACUUCAGGUUUUACGCGAUCGUCUAACUAAUCGUCAGUGGACUAAAGAUGACGAAGCUGUAACAUGCUUUGGUUGUGAUCGUGAAUUCUCUAUUAGUACACGAAGGCAUCAUUGUAGAAAUUGUGGCGGUAUAUUUUGCCAAAACUGUUCUUCUAAUCGGGCUCCUACAACGUUUAGUAAAGAUCCAGUUCGUGUAUGCCAAAUGUGUUAUGAAGAGUUAACCAGUAAUGUUAUCAAUUAA